AUGGCAAAAAAUAAUCCCUUUAGUAAAAUCAUUUUUCAGCGUAUUGAAGAAUUAGGCAUAUUAGAUUUGAAUAUUGAAGAUUCUAUGAUAAAGCAAACAGAAGAUUUUUUUAUUGCUAAUAUGAAAGAGGAGAAACCACCAGAAACCUUGAUAAUUUUCCAUAUCUAUCUAUUUAAAAAAAUCAAACAAAAUGGUUUCAAAAUCGAUAGCUUAGAUUUAUCAAAGUUUAUCGCCGAAAAGUGGGAAUUAUUACCUCAAGAGCGAAAGGAAACUUUUGAGAAUAUUAAGCAAAACCUUCAACGUAGUCUACAUAAAAAUCCCGUCGGAGCAACAUCUCAAAAGUCAAAUCAAUCAUUUGUGGAGAGACCCAAACACUCCACUUCUUUGAUUAUCUAUGACGAUCCUAUGGAGGGUGUUGAGGCAACGAAACGAACGUGCUUUGAAAUAUUUUUACCAUUGAUAAAGGAUUUUCUAAAAUAUGCGGAUAAAGUUUUAAAAUGUUACGAAAAUGCCGAAUAUAAUAGAAGAGUUUGCGGUGUAUUACUUGAACGUGUAUAUAGUGUUGCAGAUGGAGUGAAAGUUUUACAUCUAAACAGUAAUUACAGUUGGUUUUUUGAAAAUAGUGGGAAUUAUCCGAUUUUUCAAGGAUUCGUUAAAAUGAUUGAAAAAAUACAAAAUUUUGUCAUGGAUAUUUCGCAGUUGCAAGGCGUUGGUAAAUACUUUAAUGAAUAUCGAGGCCCUGAAUUUUCGAUGGAAAGAAUAUUUUAUAGUCUUAUUGGAGAGUUCGAAAAGACUACAGAAGCACUUACCCAUGCGUUAAAGGGUCAUCUCCAUUUUGGAAGACCGAAAGCAGGUCAAAACAUCGAAGAUGAAGCAGCUAUAAAUAUGGAUAUUCGUGAUAUGGAAAAGUAUAUAAGAAUUAUUGCUGGUGGUAUCGCAGACGGACAAAAUAUUUUAGAAGGAGUAGGAACUAUCGCUACUCUGAACAAAACUUUUCAGAGAAAAGAACAUAUUGUUCUUUUUGAUGAAGUACUCAAUGAGGCAGUUCUUCAGAUCCAAAACUUUCAAUAUACCGGC